AUGACAAGACGCUCUUCGAGAGCGAUACGAGACCAUGUUGAUGAAGCCAUAGGGAAAAUACAAGUAGGAGAAGUAGGGGAAGUAGGAGAAGUAGGAGAAGCACCAACGCAAGAUUACGUUGGCCAAUCGCAAGCAGAGGAGAAGUCGCGUCACUCAGCCUCCGGACAUGGUAUCUGGCAUUUGCUCCGGCCAAUGGAGUUGGGACAUGUGGAUUGUUUUGCGACGGCGUGUGCAAGGAUUCUACGCCACCAUUGCAAGGGCGAACAGGCCCCGAGCGAAGAUAGCACACACAAAUUCGUCCUCUUUUGGCUUAGUGCCUGUGCUGAGAAACUAGGAGUAUCGCAGGUGAUUGUUAGUAAUGACAGCUUCGGCAUUGUCGAGGCUCAUUUAUGGGAAUUUAAACGCCCUAUGACCGCCAUAUGCCUUCGUCACAAGACUUUAGGCUAUCCCGCAAGCGCCAACGCCUUGAGCAUCCUUCCGAAACACCACAUCGUUUGGUUAACCAAGAGCGCGAUAAAAGAGUUAGACCGAAGAAACAGCCCUCCAGGACCAUUUCGAAAGCUUCAUAGGCCCAUCACUCGACAGUUUACUGAGCUGAAGCACCGUGAAACGUUUUAUAUUGCUCCGGAUAUUCUCCGUGAUUGUCUGCCUGGUCGCUUAAAGGAGAUAGAGAGGUUUUCGAGAUUGGGAGGACCCGACCUGUCUGAUUUGAGAAAUUAUCCUGUUCCCCAACCGAUGAGUUCAAGGUCAUCCUCCCAUCGUAGGAAGCGUCGGGCGGAAUCUCCAGCAUCCACCACCGGAAACACAAAGACGACCACAAAAACCUCAAGCACCUCAGCAUAUAGUAGGAACUUCCAGCAGAAUUUAAUUGACCAUAGAGUCUAUCCACCGGAGUAUAGGUAUCCAGACGGCGAGAAGCCAUUAAAACCGAAUAACUGGAUGGAGAUCAACGAAAUGUUGGCGCGAUCGCGAGCUUCCCUUUCUCCCUCGAAGUUCUCUGAGAAGCGCUUUGAAGAUUUCAGAGAAGCGGAUGCAUAUGCAUCCAAAGAGAAGCCAGUUACAGUUUCAGUAGUUCCAAUUCUUGACGGCGAUAUCAGUGACCUUAAAUGUGUCGGAGGGGAUUAUCCAUUUGGAAAUCUUGCUCCCUUAACUGAUGGCACACUGGCUUCUGCCAGACCAGAUCACUUCUAUGGCUCUCGUCCUGAACAGCUCAAUCGCCAAAUCCGCAAUGACCUGAGCAGCCAGAUUGUUCCGUCAACGCAGGAUGACCUCCCAAUAGCACCAAACUUCUUUUUAGAAGCGAAAGGCCCCGACGGAUCCCUGGCUGUGGCUACACGUCAGGCUUGUUAUGAUGGCGCUCUAGGAGCCCGAGGAAUGCAGUCCCUUCGGUCAUACGAAGAAGACGAAUCAACCUACGACAACAACGCCUAUACUCUUACAUCGACUUAUCAUGGCGGUCAACUCAAGCUAUACACUACUCAUCUCACCAAGCCCAGCGGCCCAGAUUACCGCCCCGAGUAUAUUAUGACUCAGCUCAAUACGUGGGGUAUGACUGGUAAUUUGGAAACUUUUCGGCAAGGAGCGUCGGCAUACAGGAAUGCCCGAGAUUGGGCAAAGGAAAAGAGGGCUGGAGUUAUUAGGGCGGCAAACGAAAGAUUCUCAGAAACUGAGUCCCAAUGUCAUUCUGCAUCUCAGCACCAGACGAACUCCGACAUAGCUGCUACAUUAGAUGAUUCCGAUAUUUCAACUGUGACCGAUGAAACCGAGGAUGUGCAAUGGAGCUUUGCUGCUGCAAACAAAGAUGUGGAAGAUGAAACCCAGAUUCUGAACAGAAACCCCAAAAAAUCAAGGGUGGGUGAUAUAGUUGGGAACAAGAUUACUCGGCGUUUAAACUGA